CUGUGACCUUGCCAGUGGUCAGGAAUUUCAAAAGCUCUAUAGGAGGUUACCACUCAGAGCACGGAGCCGCAGCAGCCGGCGGGCCGGCGAGGAAUAGCCUGGGGCGCGGCCUCGCCUCGCCUCGCCCGCAUCAGCACCGCGGACAGCACAGCGGCCAGACCCAGGACCCAGGAGCCCGCGGGGCCACCUGCCCACCGGCGCCCGGGACCCCGGCGCCCGCGUCAGCACCACGGACAGCGCCCAGGACCCCAUUGCGCCGCCGCCAGCCCACCUGCGGACGGCGCCGCGGACAGCCGCCUUGCCCAACCCCUCAGUCGGCUCGAGCGGUCAGCACCCCCGGAACAUGGCCACCGAGGUGCACAAUCUGCAGGAGCUGCGGCGGAGCGCGUCCCUGGCCACCAAGAUCUUUAUCCAGAGAGACUACAGCGACGGCACCAUCUGUCAGUUCCAGACCAAGUUCCCCCCAGAGCUGGACGGCCGGAUUGAGCGACAGCUCUUUGAGGAGACUGUGAAGACCCUCAACGGCUUCUACGCAGAAGCGGAGAAGAUCGGGGGCAGCUCCUACCUGGAGGGCUGCCUGGCCUGCGCCACGGCCUACUUCAUCUUCCUCUGCAUGGAGACCCACUACGAGAAGGUUCUCAAGAAGAUCACACGCUACAUCCAGGAGCAGAAUGAGAAGAUCUUUGCCCCUCGAGGCCUCCUGCUCACGGACCCCGUUGAGCGUGGGAUGAGGGUUAUCGAGAUCUCCAUCUAUGAGGACCGGUGCAGCAGCGGCAGCUCCAGCAGCGGCAGCAGCAGCAGCGCCAGCGGCAGCAGCAGUGGCGGGGGCGGUGGGGCGGGGUCCCGGUGACUGGCCGAGACUCCCUGCAGGGAGGUGUAUGGCCGGACCGAGGGCCUUGCAGACCUGCGGCGGCUGCGCUACCAGAGCACCCGCUUCUGAGUCAU